AUGUCCCAGGGAACAAUGACCUCAGGCAAUGGAUCUUCAGUGACAGAAUUUGUCCUAUUGGGUUUAACAGAACAGCCAGAGCUCCAGCUCCCUCUGUUCUUCCUCUUCUCAGGAAUCUAUGUGGUCUCCACGCUGGGGAACCUGGGCUUGAUUGUCCUGAUUGGUCUGAAUCCUCAGCUACACACUCCCAUGUACUACUUUCUUUUCCACCUUUCUUUCAUUGAUCUCUGCUACUCCUCUGUCAUAAUUCCCAAAAUGCUGAUGGGUUUUUCAAAACAGAACAUCAUCUCUUAUGGUGAAUGCAUGGCUCAACUAUUUUUCUUCUGCUUCUUUGUUAUUGGUGAGUGCUACAUUUUGACAACUAUGGCCUAUGACAGAUACGUGGCCAUCUGCAAGCCUUUGCUUUACAAGGUCAUCAUGUCUCAUCAUAUGUGCCUCAUGAUGGCAGUGGGUGUGUAUGCAAUGGGAUACUUUGGUGCCAUGAUCCACACAGGGUGCAUGCUGAGACUCACAUUCUGUGACAGCAAUGCCAUCAAUCAUUACAUGUGUGACAUACCUCCCCUCCUGCAACUCUCUUGCACAAGUACUUCCAUCAACGAAAUGGUAGUUUUCAUUGUGGUGGGUAUCAAUAUUACAGUGCCCAGUCUCACCAUCUUCACUUCUUAUACCUUGAUCUUGUCCAGCAUCUCCUCUAUCCAUUCUGCAGGGGGCAAGUCCAAAGCGUUCAGUACCUGCAGCUCUCACAUAAUUGCUGUUUCUCUUUUUUAUGGAUCUUUAACAUUCACAUAUCUUAAGCCUUCUUCUGAUUCUAUUGGUCAAGAUAAAGUAGCCACAGUUUUUUAUACCAUUUUAGGACCAAUGAUGAACCCUUUCAUCUACAGCUUGAAAAACAAAGAUGUCCACAUUGCACUGAGAAAGACCUUGAAGAAAAGGAUACUCUCCUAA